UAUUUGCCUCUUGCACAGUGAAACACACAUGAGGAUUAACACACAUUUGUCUUACUUGAACAGCAUGUUUUCUGGGCUUUAUCGUUGAGUAUUUAACCCCGAGCCCCUGAAAUGUCCCCUCUUUUCCCAAUAGUGCACUACUGAUCAGGCUCGCUGAAAUUGGGGGGACAAACGGGUUUGUUGAUCCGAGCCCAGGAUAGAGGAGAGGGCCCAGGAUUGGGGAGGGGCCUCCGUCUGUGGGAGCGGCUGUGAGAGACACAUUCAGGCUUGCAGAAUAAUUUAACUGAGUUACAAACUCUGGCAUGGCUCCCCCCGGCUUCAGAUGGCUGUCCCGGGCCCCAGCAAACCUGUUGACGGGCCUGCUACUGCUGACCAGCAUUUCUUUUUCUUACUUGUUGAAAUGUAAUGAAAUGCAGCAACAACAGAAAAAGAUGAACUAAGCCUGCAUAUUUAACCUAUUUUGUCAACUCUAAGUAAUAAAUAUGCUCCAAGUUAUAUCAACAUGCAAGGUAGUGAGUAAAGAAUAGAUAGAAAAAAAGAGGGAAUAAGUAGAUGUUUCAAAAUCAGUGUAAGAGAAAUUGCCCCAAGGAUAGCAGAAAUCAUCGAAUUCCACAUUAACUCUGGUCCACCAUGUGGCCACCUAAAGAGGGUUUCCUUUUCACCCAAUACCCCAAAGCAGUGCAUAUUUUUGUAAAAACUGUUUUGCCUAAGAGAACUCUAAAACUCAGAUACCAACUUCAGCAUCUUUUACCUCCAGCGUGUACAACCAUAUUUUGUUACAGUGCUUAUACUUUAACAGAAUAGGCUAUGACCCACACCAGAGAGACAAGAUGUGCAAGUAACCAACAGAAACGUUGUUCAGGACUCAAAAGAUAUAAAUUUGCCCCCCGUUUUUAUGUGCUCAUGCCAACCUGUAAUGGAAUGGUGCUUUGGGUAAUGACCCAUAUCACUCAUACCCAGAGCAUUUACUGAGCCCAACUAAAAAAAGUAAAGAAUAGAUUAAAAAAAACUUUGUUGUUCGGGGUGUAAACAAUUGUAGUUCCAGUGGUUUUGUGGAAAACACUUAUUUCAUAAUGUGGGUCUUUCCUACUGCAUCAAUAUACACAAGUUGGACAUCGUUUCCCAGUCAAUGAUCUCGGAGCACUCUGUAUUACUUGUUUUAGAUCUGCCCCUGUAUCAACCUAUAUAUCACAGGAGAAUUAUUUUAUUUAAGAACUUCUGAUCAACUUCUAUAAAUGUUCGGAAAUGAUCCAUCAAUUUAAAUAGGGUCUGUUGAAGCAACCAAAAUAUACAGGCCAGUGAAUUCCAAGAAACACUGUUGGGAAUCUCUGAAUUGUGCCUCUUAACCCUUUGAUCAUUUGAUAGAAUGUUGUUUUAGGGGAAGAACAGUAAAGGAAUACCUGAUUUUGGUUUUUGGACCAAUUUGAGGCAUUUAUUAAGUUAACAUACUUUUUCACUACUUUCAUCCGCUGAGUCAGUACCCAUGUAGUCUGUGAUGUAGGUCUAAAGUAUAAAGCUAAAUUUUGUGGCUUUAUGUUCAGAUGAAAGUUAGUAAUAAAUGUGAAUUUGUGCCACAUCACCAUCAUCCUUAUAAAUUAGAUUGAUAAUAGGUUUUAUAAGUUUUUCAAAUAUAUGUCAUGUGAAGUCUGUUAUUGAAGUGCAUUUUGGGCUGAAAAUCUAAUGAGUUAUAUACAGCCUAUGAGUUCUCUAAAUUGAUAGUUAUCAUCUUAUUAAAUGUUGAAAUAUGUCCGACUCCCUUGAUGCCAGGGUAACUCAGAAUUCAGCCAAGCUGAGUGAAACUUCAACAGUGCAGAUAGAGCACUUGUAUAGUGUGGUAUUGUGUCUUGUAAAUCACAAAUGGUCAUCGUGCUGCGCUAUAUGGUAAAUGGCACAGUGACAGAAAGGUUUUGAGAAUUUAUUGAGGCGAAAGACCAAACGGCUGCUGGUUUAUCAAAUGCCAUAUUUUCAUCUCCUGAGCCUCUGAACGUGACUGACAAGCUCAUAGGUGUGCGCCGAGUACAGACUCUUAUGAAGGUGCGAUAUCCAAAUGCCCGUUUUGUACACUGUUAUGCACUUCAACAAAUCUGCUCAGCAAGGAUUUCUGAAUUAAAAGUGUUUUUUGCUGGAUCUGUCAGCUUUCGCCACCUUUUUCUCUUGUUCACCCAAGAGAACAGCUGCUCUUGCCAAAACAUCAGAUAGGUGCAUCCCCAGACCACCAGAAAGCACAACUGUUAAUGCUGUGUGGGAAUGCCACGAAGAGAUUAAGAAGUGUUUGGACCACAUUCGCACAACAGAGGGAUGGGACAGGUGACCAUCAGCGAGGCCUAUGGUCUGUCUAUGCACCUGCAGGAACCAAAGUUCCUUCACUUCUUGCAGUUCUUUUCCGAGCUCAUGCCAGAAGUGGACAUAUUAUUUUACAGUGUACUGCAAAAACGGGACAUUGAUGCAGCUGGCAUCAACCACGCGAUGAAAUCCUUCAACAAAAAUGUAGGACGUCUUACGGAAUGAGCUGAUGUGACACAGGCCUGCGACACUGUGAUGAGUCAAGUGGAGGAGAGGUUCACUAAGAGUGACCAUUUGAUGGCAGCAAAACUCAUUGAUUGCACUCUUUUCUCCAAGUUUGUGCGGUCAUUUCCAGAGGCUGAACUGGAAUGUGCCAUUAAACUAUGGCCAAUAACAAAUAAGGCAAAGCUGAAAACCAAGUUGAUGUCCCUACACCAGCACAGUGAACUCAGCACAGGCAACACCGCACUUUCUUUAUUGAAGUCCAUUCAUGAAAACAACCUCCAAGAAGCCUUAUCUGAAACCGUGACACUUCUCCAAAUCAUCAUCACAACACCAAUGACAAGUACUGAAUCUGAGAGAAACUUCUCCACUCUAAAAAGGAUAAAGACAUUUACACGGAAUACAAUGGGACAGCAAAGACUGAAUGCCCUGGCAAUGCUGUCCAUUGAAAAUGACCUUAUCCACGGACUGUUUGACUUUAACAGCAAGGUCAUAGAGAAGUUUGCACACAUGAAGGACCGCCGAGCUUCCUUCCUCUUCAAGAAGUGAACCUCACUGGUGAGUCUUAUAUAUUGUUAUGCUUAAUCAUCAACUGUUGACUGCUGCAGGGGUUAAAGCGAUUUUUCAGGAUAUAUGAUGUUUUUUCUAUUAGGUUCCUAAUGUAUCUUUAAAAUAUAUAUUACUUUGUUGCUGCAGGGUUUAUUGUUUAAUUCAAUUAAUCAAAUCUUCCAAAUGAUGCAGGUGAUUCGUUCAGUUUCCGUCAGCACCAUGGACAGCAGUAUUGUUUGUUGUGUGUGCCGUCAGCGUUCAUACAACUACUUCAUAUGAUUCUGAUUGAACAAUCUGCUUGCAGUUGUUAGUUAGUAAAAAAGGUUGAUUCUUAAACACUUUGGUACUGUUAAUAGAAUAAAUGAUGUCACGUCUUCAUUAUUGUGUGAUUAAGCACUUGUGCACAGCAAGUUGUAUUUGUAUUGAGGGUAAGGUUCAGUGUUAUAUGUUUAUGUUUGGAUUAUAUUAUCAAAUUUUCUGGUAUGAGUAGUCUGUGGCCCCAUCAGAGUUUCCAUACCAAAAUCUCCACUGCACAGCCUUCAAGCAAACUUUUAUGUAAAUAACCAAAGAAAGCAAAUUUAAAUUAAAAAAUAGCAUUCACCCAAACCACUAUCAUAUUUUUUAGAUUAAACUUGUUUUAAAAUAGCAAAAAUCUAAAUCUAAAUCUUGUCGUUUUGCCCAAUUCAAACUAACAAGGAGAUUUAUGUUUAAAGAUAAACUUAUCUGUAUGUAUACAAACUGUAAGAAUGCUACACACUGCAGGUAGGAUACUAACAGCUUAUAACCUUAAAAAAAAUGUAACUUCAGAAAAAUCCCAUCUGAAGAAACGUUACUGAAGCAGGUGCUGUAGUAUUGAGCUGUGAUGUUUGGGCCAUGCCCAUCCUGACUUGUUCUAAUUUCCCUCUUGUUCAAAGUGAAACUCUCUCUCUCUCUCUCUGUGUGUGUGUGUUCUAAACCCUCCCCACCCUGCAGCUUCAUAAAUACAACCCGCAUUUUGUUCUUUCUGGGAAGCUGCUAGCUCAGAGUAUAGAUGAUCUAAAGGGGCUGCAUGCACAGACAGUUCCCCGAAUCAACGUCGAGUCAUUGGUGUUGGCUGUCUGGCUUAGCUAAAAGAACUUUACUGAGCUUUCCUAAUACACAUUAAUAUGUCUGCUGAUCUAAAUGUGGCAAUAAAAGACAAGAAGUCAACAGAACUGGGGCCAAAUAGAGGAAGUUCAAAUGACCCUGAGAAGAAGGCUGACAAAAGGGUAACAAUCAAUGGAACUGAUGAACACCAGGACAACCAUGGCCUCACAACUGGACAGCCAAGCAACUCCAGAAACAGAGCUGCAACUAUUAUAUUCACACUGAAAAAUGAAGUGGGGGGUCUUAUCGAGGCUCUGAAACAUUUCAAGGAAAAACAUGUCCAUCUGGUUCAUAUUGAGUCUCGCAAGUCCAAACGGAGAGACUCAGACUUUGAAAUCUUCAUAGAUUGUGAUUCAGAGCAUGAACAACUAAAGGAGCUGACUGAGCUGCUGAGGACACAUACUGAUAUUGUAGAAAUUGCUCCCUUUGACAGCUUUUCUGUAAUUGAUGAUGGUCUGGAUUGUGUUCCCUGGUUUCCUAAAAAGAUUUCUGAUUUGGAUCUGUGCUCCGACAGAGUUUUAAUGUAUGGCUCUGAACUUGAUGCAGACCAUCCGGGAUUUAAAGACCAAAUAUACCGUAAAAGAAGAAAGUAUUUUGCUGAUUUGGCCCUGAACUUCAAACACGGUGAUCCAAUUCCUCGUAUAGACUACACUGCAGAGGAGGUGCGUACCUGGGGUGUGGUGUUUAGGGAGCUUAAUAAGCUGUAUCCCAGCCAUGCGUGCAAGGAGUAUCUGAAGAACCUUCCUUUGCUCACCAAAUACUGUAAAUACAGUGAAAACAACAUUCCUCAGUUGGAGGAUGUGUCACGCUUCCUCAUGGAGCGCUCAGGUUUCAGCAUUCGGCCAGUAGCAGGGUACCUCUCUCCAAGAGACUUCCUAGCAGGGCUUGCUUUCAGGGUGUUCCACUGCACUCAGUAUGUCCGUCAUGGAUCAGAGCCUUUGUACACACCUGAACCGGACACAUGCCAUGAGGUGUUGGGCCAUGUUCCUCUGCUGGCAGAACCCAGCUUCGCCCAGUUCUCUCAUGAGCUUGGUUUAGCAUCGCUUGGAGCCUCAGAUGAAGAUGUGCAGAAACUUGCAACGUGUUAUUUCUUCACAGUGGAGUUUGGCCUGUGUAAACAGGAUGGAGGACUGAGAGCCUAUGGAGCUGGACUUCUUUCCUCCAUUAGUGAACUCAAGCAUGCUCUGUCUGGCAAGGCCAACAUCCUCCCGUUUGAUCCAGAGGUAACCUGCAACCAGGAGUGCAUGAUAACCACUUUCCAAGAUGUUUACUUUGUUGCAGAAAGUUUUGAAGAAGCCAAAAACAAAAUGAGAGAGUUUGCCAAGACCCUUAAGCGUCCAUUCACAGUGAACUACAACCCCUAUACUCAGAGUGUGGACGUUCUGAGGGACACCUCCAACAUCAACAACAUGGUGAAAGACAUUCGGCAUGAGCUGGACAUUGUUGAAGAUGCCUUGCAUCGUCUUAGCAAACUCCAGAGAGACUAAAGAUUAAAAAUGGCCUCAUGGAAGUCUGUAGAACUGUUUUAAUUUAAUUAAUGAUUGUUCUGGCUCUCUUUUAUUGCACAUAGACAUGAUGCUUCAUAUGUUAAAAUAAUCCUUUUGGUGUUUUGCUAAAAUCUAUUAUGAGAUGUGCCAGGUGAAAAUCUCUGUAGUCGGAUGCUGAAGGGGUUCAAUUGUUGAGUUGGACACACGGCAGUUAAACAGAUGCCUUUACAAGGACCACUAUAAGGACCAACAUUUUAAAACACUAGUACAACAGGACUUGGAAUCAGUUUGUUGUCAUAAAAUCUGUUAUGUUCUUAUCCAUGCUUGCGACUGAUUAGUUGAAAGGCACUUUGUAAUCAUCCAUUCCUUUUUUUUUCUUCAAAUUUUAAGAAGGAAGAAUUUACGAAACGGGCCAGUGGCAUUAGAAUUCUAGUCAGAAAGUUGGAAAGUCCAAAUUCCAGUAUGGCUGCUUUGAAUACAAGACUUAGAGAGCUGCUAUUAAAAACAGCUUAUCUCUAUUUCUAAUUGUUUCUUUAUAUUAAAAUCUCUAUUUCACACACAGUACUAUACAACCAUCUUUAGCGAACAUGUUGCUGGAGUUUUUAAGAGAAUAAAAUAGAAGGAAAUUCAUUGUUAGCCACUUGCAUUGCUACUAGUAGGGGAUUCCAACUUGGAAGUGAAACCCAGUUAAGUUGGGUUUGGUGUCAUUCUCAGACUAAAGCUCCGAUUUGAAGGAUGUAUAACUAGCCACCAGCACUUGUUCCUAGUUAACUGAUGUACCACUGUGUGUAGUUUAUUUGUAGUCAGUUGCUGUAUCUUUUGUCCUUUUUGUUGCAGUUUGGUUAAGAUUAUGAAAUUUACAUCACAUACUUCCAUUCUGGCAUGUAUACCACAGUUAUCUUAGCUACUGAAGUCUAUUUGGUGGCAGUAAAAAUAUAGUAGGGAAAACAUGUCAUGACUUACCCAAGAAGGCCUUUUCGGAUCUCCUUUUCUUCCCCUUUUGGGGUAAUAGAAGAUGGGCUUUUAGCUUUCUCACUGUUUUCUUAAGAGUUUGCCAAACAGCUUGGUUGUGAUUCAUUUACAAUCAAAACAACUGCAACAAUUUGAUAAAGAUUUCAAGAAAUUCCUUUAAAACUCGAACUGAUGGAACCACAAAACAGCAUCCUUAUGCUCAAAUAUCCACAAACAGUGCUUGUCACAAUAUUUAAAACAUUGUAGCAUUAGUUCAGCAUGUACUGGGCCAGCAAACAUGACACAGCAUUAUUACUUCAGAAAACAUUCAUUAGGAAAUAGAACUAUAUGGACUGAAUUGAUGCAUGUUAAUGUAUACCGUGAGUAAAAAGAGCAAAUAGAAUCUAAAUGUUAUGCAUUUCUGUUUAUUUUGUGUGAUCGAAAUUAAAGUUAAAUAUUAUAAUACAUUGACUUGGAUAAUAAAUAUUGGAGUGCUGGU